GGGUGUAUCACUUCAAGCUUUCUAUCUGUCAUGACCUGAGGCCAACAUAUUAUCAGGCACUAUACGAAAUCGAAGAUUGGCAAUCGCACCGAAAAUACCUGGCCGCUCGUAAAAGUACUGGACCGAUGAGUCUUCAUUGUGUAUAUAUAGGGGUGCCGCCGAUGAAAGCACUGCAGUUCGUUCGCGAACGUUCAUAGACAGAAAAUGUUGCGGCUCAUCGUUCUCGGUGCUCUGGCUACGCUAUGCGCGGCACAGUUCCAGCCGCAGCCCGCUGGAAGAAUCCUGGAACCACCUGUACCGGCACUUUGCGCACAAAGGACCAUCCAUGAACGUUUCAAUGGAAAGGGCUAUUACUUCUCAUGGGCUGAGCCCAGGACCAGCGGACAAGAAAUGGAUUGGCUUGCCGGAAGAAACUUCUGCAGACAGCGUUGCAUGGAUCUUGUUUCUUUGGAAACUUCUGCUGAGAAUGAGUUCAUCAAGAGUCGCAUUGUACAGAACAAAGUUAAGUACAUCUGGACCUCUGGCCGUCUCUGUGACUUCAAGGGUUGCGAUCGACCUGAUCUUCAGCCUCUCAAUGUGAAUGGAUGGUUCUGGACUGCUGAGCUCCAAAAAUUGGCACCGACAACUGAUCGCACGCAAAACGAUUGGUCUGAGAGUGGCGGUAUUGGGAAACCACAACCUGACAACCGUGAAGCCAUCCAAGGUGGGGCACCAGAAAAUUGUUUGGCUGUUCUUAAUCAGUUUUACAAUGACGGUGUUAACUGGCAUGACGUUGCCUGUCAUCACAAGAAACCUUGGGUCUGCGAAGAGAACGAUUCUCUCUUAAAAUACGUACGAUUCACCAAUCCCAACAUCCGUGUUUAAAAAGCAUAUCUAGAAAAUUGUCAUGAAGCAUUUUUUAUAUUUUAUUGUAGAAUCACUGUUUCUGGUCCAUGUAUUUACGAAAAUUUAGUUCAAUUAGUCAAAGAUCUUACAUCAAAAUUUAGACUUCGUGGCAAGUACUGUUCUCAUGUGAGAUAAUUAAGGGAAGUGACUGAGUAGCAUGUAUGAGCGCUGUAUUUAUUGCGAUUAUAAUCCCAUUGUCUCUCUUACUUUUAACUAAUGACAAAUAGCUCUUCUCAUUAAUUUUAUUUCCCUGCUAUAAUAUUUGAGGAUAGACCAACCUUAGUAUUUUUGUCACAGCUUGCGGUCAAAUACGGUAUUUAUAUUGUAUGAAUGUUUAUAUAAUUUGUACUACAGAACUAACAUUGAACAAUAAAUCUCUUUUCUUUAUGUAAAGAAA